ACGACAAACAACGAAUGUCAAUGAUGAUGAUGAUGAAAAUGAUGGUGAUCAUCAUCAUUAUCAGUAACAGAAUUAUUGUAGCUAGAACAAAAAUAUCGAUUCCAUUUGAUCAUUUUGUGUAACCAAAACAAAAAACCACAAUGCCAGGUUUGGUUAUAGUAUCACGUCGUUGGAACAUUGGUUCCGAUGAUAUAAUUGUUCCAGCUUCAAUAUAUCUAAUUACACAUCUUUUAUGGAUACUCAUCUAUCUUUUCAUAUGUGUCAAAAAUGGUACACUAUUUCUUGAUGAUAAUUGUCCAUUGAUAAUUACAUUACCCGUUUUUGGACAAUUUAUAUCAUUGUUUGGAUUUGUAAUACUUGAAAUCUUUAUGAUUAAAGUAAGUUUACGUGGUUCAAUCCUGAAUACGAAAACACGUUCAUCAUUGAACAUAUUGAUCUAUAUUUGGUUUGUAUUGUUUAUAAUUGAAAUUCUAUGGGAAAUAUAUGGAUUGCUCAUCAUGAUGCAUAAUAAAUUCGAUAGCUAUAAUGACCAAUGUGCCUCGACCAAAGGGAUCGUAAUUGGAUUGAAAAUCUUUCUAUUAUUAAUUUGGACAUCAUUCAUUCUAUUUGUAUGGUGUGCAUUUGAUUAUGCGGGCAAAAGCUGGGUGAAAAUGAAACGUUUUCAAGAAAGUCUUAAUAAUCCAAAUUCCAAAUAUAAAUAUCGACGUUCAAAUAGUUUUCAUCGUAAUUGGCGUCAUCGUGAAGCGUUAAGAAAAUAUCAACAAUCAUGGCUAAAUCGUUGUCGUUGGUUUUGUUGUGUCAAAGAUCGUCGAGAUAAUUCAUUUACAGAAAUAGCCAAAUUAUUAUCAGAAUUUUUUCGUGAUCUUGAUGUUGUACCAUCGGAUGUUGUAGCCGGACUGUCAUUGAUGCGUGUACAGCAAAAAUCACAACGAAAAGAACGAAUGAUGAACGAUAAUGAAGAGCCAAAAAUUUUUCAAUUUCUUUCUGGAGCUGCCAUCACUGCCGAAACAAAAUUUCUUGAUCUAACACAUGUUCUGGUCAUACGAGAAGUGUAUAAUUUAAUUCAUUAUCUUCAUUAUUCAUUAGCCAUUUAUGGAUGGCCAAUGUAUAUGGUGGCCAAUCAACCAUCACAAUGGUUCCACUUAUUGAAACAUAUAAAAUGUUGUGGAAAUCAAAGUUCUCGUUGGGCUAAAUGUUCCAGAUGCUGUAGUGGUGGUCAUAUCGAUACCGAUACAAUAAUCGAUAGUGAUGAUCAACAAUUUGUCAAUAUUUAUCGUGAAAGUGAUAAUAUUUUGGGGGAUAAUUGUUGCCUUUGUAAUCGUGCUGCUAUUCGACAAACCUGUAUUGACCAUGAUUAUAAAAUUAUCUACAUAACCUAUUAUGUUGCCAUUGAAAAGCCACCAUUUUUUGUUGCCGUCGAUUAUGAUAAAAUGUCCAUUGUGAUUAGUAUUCGUGGAACAUUAUCAUUGUAUGAUGUCCUUACCGAUUUGAAUGCUGAAUAUGAUCUUCUACCUUUGACACCGCCACGCGAAAAUUGGUACGGUCAUAAAGGAAUGGUAGCAGCCGCUGCCUAUAUUCGAUCACGAUUAAUUGAAAAACAUAUAAUCGAAAUAGCUAAUGAAGAAUUGAAAAUACGAAAUCUAGCUACCAAUAGUCAUCAUCAAUAUCCAAUCAUAAUUGUUGGACAUUCAUUAGGCGCCGGUACUGCUGCUAUUUUGGCCGUUCUUUUACGAGAAAUCUAUACGAAUGUUAUCUGUUUUGCAUUUGCUCCACCUGGCGGUCUUCUUUCACAAGAUCUAGCAGAAUAUUCCAAAGAUUUUGUCAUAUCAAUUGUAUUGGGCAAAGAUAUCAUACCAAGACUUGGUCUUCAUCAGAUGGAAAAAUUACGUUUUGAUCUAAUCAAAGCAAUCAAACAUUGUGAUAUGAGUAAAUGGCCAAUUAUUUUUAAAAGUUUUCGUAUCGGUAGCAGUGAUAUAAAUCAUGAUGAAUAUGUGAAAAAAUUCAAAAUCAAAUCGGACAACAUUAUUAUAUCACAGACUGUACCAGAAUCUUUUGUCGAAUGUAAACAUAAUAAUAAUGGUAAUUCUCAAAAUAUUAGUCCAUCAAGUAGUCAAACUCAUCAUCAUCAUCAACAACAUCAACAUCAUCAUCAUCAUCUUUCUUCAAAGGAACCAAUCGAAAAUAUUUCGACACACCCGAAUGAUGAAAACAUUCAGCUCACUGUACAUACACCAUUAUAUCCACCUGGAAGUAUCAUUCAUCUAGUCAAAGCUCAUCCAAAUAAAUCCGACUUUCUAUAUGAACCAAAAUGGAGGCGUAUAAUUGGUCAAAAACAAUUCAUCAUACAAGCACUGUGGGCUGGAUAUGAAGAUUUUGAUGAAAUAUUAAUCUCACCAAGCAUGAUUCGUGAUCAUAUGCCCGAUAGAAUACUUGAAGCAUUAGAAAGUUUAUUGAUUAAUACGGGUCCACCAAAACCUAAACGUAAAACUGAAGAUUCCUAUGAUGAUGAUGGUGUUGAUAAUGAUGACAAUAAUAAUAAUAAUCAUAAUAAUAGUAUUGAUGAUAGUAUCGAUAAUGAUUCAAAAUAUUAUUCAUCGAUACAGGAUACAAAUGAUCAUAUCUAUCAACAGUCUCAUCAUCAUCAUCAUCAUCAUCAUUCCAAAAGAAUAAUGUUGGAAACAAGUUUUGCAUCGGCUAUACCAGCAACAUCAAUGACAACUACUGCUAGUGAACAACUUGCUGCUAUAAGAAAAAAUCGACGUAAAAAAUUUGAUAAUCAUAAUAAUAAUGAUGAAGUUUAUAAUGAAGAACGUUUACGUAGAUUACGAAGUUUUAUUGCAAAACGAAAAGCACCGUUAGCAACACCUGAAACAGUUAGCCUAACGGAUGAUGUUUGUGAACAACAACAACAACAACAACAACGACAACGACAACAAAAACCGGUAGUAAUCGUUUCGACCAUAUCAAAUAAUCAAUUUGAUACACAAAUUCAAACACCAUCAUCAUCAUCAUCAUCAAAUCAAUAUGAACAAAUCAAUGAUAGAAAAACAUCAUUGCCUGAAGUGAUUUAAAUUGAAAUCAAUACAAAUGGUGUCAACAUUUGUAAUAAAAAAAAAAAUAUUUCUUUAUGGAAUACUUUUCAAUUCAAUCAAAAGAUUUGGAAAGAUUCGAAAUGUCAAUAUAUCGUAUUUUCAAUUACAUUUCUUCUAGUCACAAUACUCUG